GAUCAGUCAUCUGUAAUAUGAACGCAUUCAUGACUCUAACACCAAACCAGAUAUCCCGUAAAGAUGUAUCGUUUUUAUUGACUCGAAGCUUAAUCAAAGUUCGUGUAAACUGCGGUGGGUGCUUCAGAAAUUGAUUGAAGUGGAGAACAUUGCUCAUCCAGAGUAACCAAGGAACCUCUAGACUGAUUCUCUGGAUAAUUCUGUUCCCGCCUGGCUGCUCAGUUUAGGUGGACAGUCAUAGUUUGACAGGCGCUGCAGUUUACUGCCUUUCCUGGGGGGAAAAAAUCUGAAUAAAUUCAGUCAUGGAAGAGUCCAGUGAGACUUAUGAUGUCCAUGAGACGAACCAUCCCAUUUCGUGGGAAGACCACCAGUGUCAGAUCGUGGAGGAGAGAACUGAAUGCCUCCAAAGGAAGAUCAAGUACUACUUCAUGAAUCCGUGUGAGAAAUACCACGCGCGGGGACGGAAACCUUGGAAACUCAUGCUGCAGAUUGUCAAAAUUGCUAUAAUUACCAUGCAGCUGGUCUUAUUCGGCCUGAGCAAUCAGAUGGUCGUUACUUUCAAGGAAGAAAAUCUGCUGACCUUCAAGCACCUUUUCCUCAAAGAUUAUGUUGACAGAGGUAUGGAAACCUACUCCGUUUACAGACAAGCUGAUGUUUAUGAUCACAUCGACUACAUUAUUACUCAGUACGGACUUCUGCACAACAACACUGUUGGGAAUCAUGAAUAUGAGAAAAAUGGCUCUUCAGACAACCCGCUGCUUCUCUGUCAGGACUUCUACAGGAAUGGCAGCAUCUACCCUGGAAGUGAAACCUUUGAAAUCGAUGCUCACGUGGAUACGGAAUGCCUUAAAAUCUACCCAGUCGUUCCUGUGUCGCUACGUGACACGCCUCAAAACUUUGAACUGCAUUUUAAAAGGCUGCUCCUUGUGAAGAUCACAUUCACUGUCAAGGCCAUUAAUCUACAAACUGUGAGAUAUCGAGAGCUGCCCGACUGCUACGUCUUCACUGUUAUUAUUACUUUUAACAAUCAAGCUCACAGUGGCAGAAUGAAAGUCGACCUGGAAAUGGAUGUGGAAAUCAACGAAUGCAAAGACUGGAAAGUCAUUGGAGCCUCUGCAAGAAAGAUUUACCUGACUGUGAUGUUCGACUGCCUCAUCGUCAUAACCUGCAUCACCUCCCUUGUGCUCUGCACACGCUCAGUGAUCAAAGGGAUUCUGCUAAUGUUUGAGUACAGCCGUCAUUGCAGAACACACUCUGGUAGAGACGUGCCGUGGUCAGACAAGCUGGAGUUUGUGAACGGCUGGUACAUCCUGAUCAUCGUCAGCGACACGCUGACUAUCAUAGGCUCCAUCCUCAAGAUAGAGAUCGAGUCUAAGGUCUUUACAAGCUACGAUGUGUGCAGCAUCUUCCUCGGCACAGGCACCAUGUUCGUUUGGAUCGGAGUCAUCCGUUACAUGGGUUAUUUCAAGAAGUAUAAUAUUCUCAUCGUGACGCUCCGAGCAGCUUUUCCAAAUGUUAUCCGUUUCAUCUGUUGUGCUGGAAUAAUAUACAUAAGCUACUGUUUUUGUGGCUGGAUCGUGAUUGGCCCGUAUCACGAAAAGUUCCGGACCUUAAACACCGUGUCAGAGUGUUUGUUCUCAUUGAUCAACGGAGACGACAUGUUCCCCACAUUCAAAGAGAUGACGCAGAAGAGCAGCCUGGUGUGGAUUUUCAGCAGAGUCUACCUCUAUACCUUCGUGUCGCUCUUCAUCUACAUGAUCCUCAGUCUUUUCAUCACAAUCAUCACUGACACAUACGACACAGUCAAGCAGCAGCAGGAGAACGGAGUCCCAAUAUCAGAGCUGCAGAAAUUUCUCUCUGUGUGUAAAGAUCUGCCAAAUUCUGGAGUUUAUAGACUUGAAACGAACAAGAGCUGCAUCAUUAGCUGCUGCAUCAACAGAUGCAACACUCACCAAGAGAGUCUGACAUCAGAGGCAUAGCAGUUUCUGAGUAUUUUAUACUUUAGGGAUUCCUGGAAUCAAAUUAAAUAAACUUAUAAAAAAAACCUGCUACAAGAACAAACUGGAGAAAGAUGAACUCAAAAUGAUACACAAACCUGAAAACAUCUUGUAAAUAGAAAACAU